AUCGCUUCGACAGGGAUGAAAGGACUCAUUAUGUUCCCCUGGAUUUUCCUCGCGUUACUGUCCCAAGUUUCCUGUCAGCUGGACCUACCACCUUUGAACGAAGAUUCUCGUAACAGUGUAGGAAGACAGUUUCCACCUACCGAUGCAGAGUUGGAGGAUAUUCUAGCGAGAUUAGAUUUUCUGGGCACCGAGAGGUGCAGUGCUAAUGUCGGGGCCCAGUGGGCCUACGAAACAGAUGUAAAUGAGUACACGCAGCUACAGGCGCUGGAAGCUCAGAGAAUAUACGCCGACUUCCAAAACCAAGCGUGGUUCCUAAUUUCUCGAAUCGACAGGAACAACAUCAGGGACCCAACGAUAAGAAGACGUCUGAGAUAUUUAUCUGUAGUUGGACCGUCUGCUCUUCCUCCGGAUCAAUUAGACAGGUACAAUCGUGUGAUCAACGACAUGCUGGCUGUGUACAACGAGGCUAGCAUUUGCGCGUACAACGAUCCCUUCCGGUGCGGGCUGCGCCUUUAUCCAGAUAUAUCGCAGAUCAUGGCUAGGAGUCGAAAUUGGGACGAGUUACAGUACGUAUGGACAGAAUGGAGGAGGAGAAGCGGGAUGAGGAUCAAAGAUCUCUAUCAACAGCUCGUUACGUUGAACAACGAGGCUGCUAGAUUGAACAACUUCACCGACGCGUCAGAAUAUUGGAUGUUCCCCUACGAAUCUCCGAAUUUGCAACAGGACAUCGACGAAGUUUGGGAAAUGGUGCGUCCACUUUACGAAGAAUUGCACGCAUACGUGAGGAAAAAAUUGAGGGACCUCUAUGGGCCAGAGAAAAUCGGCGCUCAUGCUCCACUUCCGGCUCAUAUUCUCGGAAACAUUUGGGCCCAAUCGUGGACGAACAUAAUCGACAUCACUCAACCCUAUCCAGGAAAGAACUACCUGGACGUGACGCAGGAAAUGCAGGCCCAGGGGUACACGCCUAUCGAGAUGUUCAGGAUCGCGGAGGAAUUUUAUCUAUCGAUGAACAUGAGCGCCAUGCCGCCUGAAUUUUGGGCCGGAAGUAUCAUCAGGGAUCCUGGGGAUAGGCCGUUAAUUUGUCAAGCUUCCGCUUGGGAUUUUUGCAAUCGCUUAGAUUACAGGAUCAAGAUGUGCACCAAGGUCACCAUGAAGGACCUAAUCACGGUGCACCACGAGAUGGCCCACAUUCAAUACUUCCUCCGAUACAACGGACUGUCUCGCGAAUUCCGAGACGGUGCCAAUCCAGGUUUCCACGAGGCCGUGGGUGAGGCUAUAGCACUCAGCGUGGCCACCCCUCGACACAUGCAAACUCUAGGCUUAGCGAACAAGUACAUCGACGAAUCUACAGCGGACAUCAAUUAUCUCUUCUCGCUGGCGAUGGACAAAUUGGUCAUGCUACCCUUCAGUAUAGCGAUGGACAGGUGGAGAUGGGACGUUUUCCGCGGUUACGUAAACAGAGAGGACUAUAAUUGCCAUUGGCACAGGCUGAUGGAACAGUACGCAGGAGUGAAACCGCCUGUUCUCAGAUCCGAGGACGAUUUCGAUCCUGGCGCAAAGUAUCACAUCCCGGCCAACAUUCCCUACAUUCGGAAUUUCGUGGCGGGGGUCCUUCAGUUCCAACUGUAUCGAGCCUUGUGCCAGGCGGCUGGACAGAGGAGCGUCGAUGAUCCGAGGAGACCUCUGCAUAGGUGCGAUUACUAUAGGAGCCCGGAUGCUGGGAGGAUCUUAGGAAAAAUCAUGGAGAGAGGAUCGUCGACACCGUGGCAGGAGACUUUGCAGGAAGCUACCGGCGAAGACACGUUGGACGCGUCCGCACUCAGAGAAUACUUCAGGCCUCUCGAGGACUGGUUGAGAACGGAGAACCUGAGGACCGGUGACGUCGUCGGCUGGUCUUACGACGGAGAUUAUUGCAAGCGCAGCAUCGAGACCGCUGGACUGCAAGUAUACGGAAGUGGGUUCUACAACGCUGCCACGACGAUCGAUUCGAGAACCGUUUUACCAGGAAUUAUGGCAAUUUUCCUCGCGAUUUUCACUCUUCGUUAAGAGGGUAGAAUUCUUCUUCUUAUUUUUUUAAACAGUGGGCCAAAAAGCGUUGAAGAAAUAUUUGAGGACACUUUCCCUUCCCCGGAGGGUCAGACACGAUCGAUAUUCCUCGAUCCACCAAAGCCAGAACAGACCAAAUAAAUGACCAAACGUUUAGGUGAUCGUUCAAUGAAAAUAGCAGCUUAGCUCGAGUGAGCUCGAGUGAUUUUCUGAUGAAGUUAAG